AUGUACCGAGGACGAGACCAUGUCGAACACUCGGCGACCGCCGCGGAACAGGACGCCAGUGCAAAAGGCAGCGCAAGCACACAACCAUCCCAGCACCCGCGAUCGCAUUCCGCAGCAGAGGCAGGACUUAGCCUCGCACCGAGCCAUGGCAUCAGCAUCAACCUCCCCGACGCCGCCCCGCCCAGCCGACCGCCAAUGGUGAAGAUGAUGAGCGCGCCCACCUACUCCAGCCCCAUCCGACACCACCGCCGCGCCCCGUCCAAGACGAAGAAUGUCAAGGAAACCCUCAAUGCCAAGUCGCACUACGGCAGCAGCGACGACGACGAGGGAGCGGCGGUGCACCGCAUCAACCAGUACAUCAUCAAGUCGGAGAUUGGGCGGGGCAGCUUCGGCGCGGUGCACCUCUGCGUCGACCAGUAUGGCAACGAAUAUGCCGUCAAGGAGUUCUCCAAAGCUCGACUCCGCAAGCGCGCCCAGUCCAAUCUCCUGCGCAAACCAAACCAAGGCCAGCGGCGACCCGGGCACCUCGCUGCCGGAUUGGGCUUCAACUCUCCGCUCCACCGCCAGUCAACGGACCAACUGCAACGCGCCGACACCGCCGGCUCCCUCGACCUGAUCAAGGAAGAGAUCGCCAUCAUGAAGAAGCUCAACCACAACAACCUCGUCAACCUGAUCGAAGUACUCGACGAUCCGCAAGAAGAUAGUCUGUACAUGGUGCUCGAGUACUGCAAGAAGGGGGUGGUGAUGAAGGUAGGACUAGACGAACGCGCCGAACCUUACGAAGAGGAAGCGUGCCGCUGCUGGUUCCGCGACAUGAUAUUGGGUAUCGAGUAUUUACACGCGCAAGGCAUCAUCCACCGGGACAUCAAGCCGGACAACUGCCUCGUCACGGAAGAAGACGAGCUCAAGAUUGUCGAUUUCGGCGUGAGCGAGAUGUUCGAGAAGCAGAGCGACAUGGCCACCGCCAAGUCUGCGGGCUCGCCGGCGUUCAUGCCGCCAGAGUUGUGUGUGGCAAGGCAUGGGCAGGUCAGUGGACGGGCGGCAGAUAUCUGGAGUAUGGGCGUGACGUUGUAUUGUUUGCGCUAUGGGCGGAUUCCGUUUGAAAAGUCGAAUUUGUUGGAGUUGUAUCAGAGUAUUCGCGAGGAUGAGCUCAGCAUGGAUGGGGAGCAGGAUGAGCGGUUCAAGGACAUGAUGAGGAAGUUGUUGGAGAAGGAGCCGGAGAAGAGGAUUACGAUGGAGGGGCUGAGACAACAUCCCUGGGUGACCAAAGACGGUACCGACCCUUUACUCUCCGCCGAAGAGAACUGCGCCGACCUUAUUGAGCCACCCACGGAAGCGGAGAUGAACCAGGCCAUUACGGGCAACAUGGCAUACCUCAUGACCGUCAUGCGCGCCGUGAAACGGUUCAAGCAGGCCGUGAACCGUAAGCAUCCGGACAGGGUGGAAGGCAUCUUCGGCCGCCAGAGUCGACUUGUAGCGCCUCCUACCGCCAUGGAUCCGAGAGAAAGUCGUAGUACGGACGCCCAUGAUCGGAGACCCAUGGAGACGAUCCUCGUGACCGCCGGCGUGCAUCGGGACGUAGACGUGGAUGACGAGAUGAACCGACUCCCGCAUGAUCUGGACAGAAUGCACACGAAGCCCGCAACGGUAGAUAUAGACCAGCUCACCUCCAACAAUAUGUCGGGGGAGACAGAAGGUCUAUCCAAACAACGCCACGAAAGCAACGUCCACCGCCACCACCCUUCCACCAGCCCGGAAGCACACAGACAUACGACAAUGACCCGCGCCUUCACCCUCCCCGAAGACGACCACGCCAAAGGCCACGCCCACGAUCCCCUAACCGACACCCUCUUCCUCGGCCUCAACCAACCCGCCACCUCCGAUGACGCCACCAACACAAAUCCAACCCCCGAAAUAAACGAACCUCUCAUCGUAAGCGAAUCCCCGCCCGCCGUCGAACUGAACAUCUACGAACAAGCCUACCAAGAAGAAAUGCAACGGAUCAUGGAACGCCGCGGCGGCGAAGCAGGGAGCAUGUACCUCACCCGUCGGGUCGAACACCGCGCGGACCUACGCUCACACAGCAGUAUCCUCGACGCCCCCGCCGCGGCCGCGCGGCGGGGCAAAGAGAAACUCGCGCAACUCUUCGGCGACGGCUUAGCGAGCGUGGUCAAGCAAGCCAAACAGCGGAAAGACAGGGAGGAAGGUAUGUCGCCCGGUCCGAAGUUGGAGAUGUCCGGGUCCGCGGCGGCGGCGAAGGUCGAUGCGGACGCGGCGGAGAUCUUGGCGUUGGCGACGAUUCACGCGGAGAGGAGGGGCCGCGAGACGGAGGAGGAUGAGGGGAGGAAGGCGGGGAUUGAUGGCACCAUGGAUCCCGAGGGGAGCGCGGCGAUUAUCAUGACGAAGGCGCAUGCGCAGGCGGCGGCGCAGAGGGAUGCGGCGUUCUUGGAUGCCGGGGGUGGGGCGAUGCCGGGCAUGCCGGGGGGGUUUCCUGUUACGCCGGGGGUUGGGGCGAAGGAGGGGGGUGUGAUGUUUGGGUAA